AUUACCGUGUAUCAAUAACUUGUAAGAAAACGGUUCAAAGAAGCUAUUGAUUGACUUGACUUAAUAAAUUAUGUAUAGACACAUAAUCAUUUCCGAAUACACUCUAUAUAUAGAAUUUUUGUAAUAAAUGACAAUAUAAGUAUAUUGUACGCAUAAUGCAAAAGUUAUCGCCAAGUAUUUAUGUAUAUUAGUGCCUUUUGUGAGAAAAAUUGUGCGUAUUUGAGAACAAAAUAAAUAACGAAGAACCCCAAACAUUUCUGAGUGUGUGAUACUCUACUUGAUAUUUAUGUGUAAACAAUGUUCUUAUUUAGGCAAUUUGUCGAAAUUUCAGAUGUCCGUAGUAGGGCUUUUAAAAUGAUUCGAAUUACCUGAAAACCGUUUAUUCGAAUAUCCGGUUUGUAACCGUUCGUAUGAAAAUUAUCCUAUUCGUCGUUCUACUGUGACUAUUCGAUUAAUUGCUCUGCUGCAAGUAUUUGAAGUAAUGAAAAUUGUUUAAACUCCAAGGAGUCUUGUUAUACUCUCGCAACAAAAGUUGCUACGAGAGUAUUAUAGUUUUGUUCACAUAACGGUUGUUUGUAACACCUAAAACUAAAAUAGUUAGUUAUAGAGUCAUAUAUACCAAAGUGAUCAGGGUGACCAGUAGAUUUGAAAUCCGGAUGUCUGUCCGUCCGUCCGUCUGUGCAAGCUGUAACUUGAGUAAAAAUUAAGAUAUUUUGACGAAACUUGGCACCAUAAGAAGAUCAAGUUCGAAAAUGGGCAGAAUCGGACCAUUGCCACGCCCACAAAAUGGCGAAAACCAAAAACACAUAAAGUGUCAUAACUAAGCCAUAAAUGAAGAUAUAAAAGUAAAAUUUGGAAUAAAGAAUCGCACUAGGAGCGGUUAUUUGUAUUUAACUCGUAAACUAAUAAAGCUAUAUAAACCAAACUUUCUGCAGUAGGUUCUCUUACAUUUCAAAUAGUUGAAAUCGGAUAAUAACCACGCCCACCUCCCAUACAAAGGUUAGGUUGAAAAUUACUAAAAGUGGGUUAACUAACUAACGAAAAACGUCAGAAACACUAAAUUUUGCAGAAGAAAUAGCAGAAGGGAGUUGUACUCAGAUUUUUUUACAAAAUGGAAAAUGGGCGUGGCAUCGCCCACUUAUGGGUCAAAAACCAUAUCUCAGAAACUACUCGACCGAUUCGAAUGAAAUUCGGUAUAUAAUAUUUUCUUGACACCCUGAUAACACGGACAAAAAACCACGGUAGUUCACAACCACUACUACUUUCCUUAUAACUCAAUUUUGAAAUCCAUCUUAUUCCUUCACUUUAUAAUGUAAACAUAAGGAACCAAUGAAGAUAACGGAAUAAAACUUUACACAAUUAGUGCAUAUUAUUUCUGGCUUCACUUGUGAAAAAAUUGUCGAAAUCGGACUAUAACUUUUCAAUGCCCCGGAUAUCGAAUAUGAAGAACUCAGUGACCUACGGUAAUUUUUCACCGAAAAUUUCGGUUAAUCUCUCAGGUAUCUUAAUUUAAUUCAGAGGAUAUAUUUUUCUUCUAAUAGUGUGUCUCGUCUCUGUACCAGAACCGGUUAAAAUCGGGUCAUAACUUCCCCUAGAUCAAAUUGUGUGUUAUCUUAAUAAAAAUAUAUCAAUAAAUUGCGAGAGUAUAAAAUGUUUGGUUGCACCCGAACUUAGCCUUUCCUUACUUGUUUUUGGUUUGUUUUUAAUUUUUGAAUAAAACUAAGAAAAUUAAUGAACUUAAAAACGCUAAGUUCGGGUGAAACCAAGCAUUAUAUGCGUUCGCAAUUUGCUAAAAGGGAGAGCUUUUUAAGGCUUUGUACUGUAUAUCCAACAAGUAAAGAAGGACUAAGUUCGGCUGUUUCUGAAUACAGUGGAACUUCUCUAACUCGAAUCACCAUAAUCCUAAGAAAACUGCGAGUUAGAGAUACUUCGAGUUAUAGAAGUGUUCAUUAAAAAAUAAAAUUUUUCAAAAAGCUUUAAAAUGUAGAUUUAUUUACAGUUCUACUGUUACUUCGCAAACAUUUUUAUGUACACAUGUUAAAACAUGUAUUCUCUAUUUUGGUGGUUGCACUUUGCUACUGUUUGGGUCUUGAUGUCUGUAUCCCAUUCCUUUGUUACAUGAUUUAUGAAUAAGUGUAAUAUCAUAUUUUUUGUGCGCCUACAUACGAAUAUAGAGACUCUUUUAAAAUUCUGCGUCGAUAGUAAAAUUUUAUUUUUUGUAUUAUGCCCUGGAAGGAAAUCUCUAGGAAAUUUGACUUCUAUUGCCAAUUCAAGAGUUCGAGUUAUGGAGAUCUUCGAGUUAUGGAAGUUCCACUGUAUAUUAAGUUCUCCAAUUUCCAUUUCCAGGGGUAAUUCCUAGACCGAUUUCAUUAUACAUUAUACAUAUAUACAAGACUAUACAUUAAUUUAAUUUUGCUAAAAUAUCUCACUUAUUAAUCCAUAUAUACGGUUGGAAGUUUUAAAAUCAUUUAUUUUAUAUUUUUCACAAAUAAUGACAUAAUUCAAAGUGGAUCACAUUUAUGUCCAAGAAAAAGCAUUAGUACACUCUAUUUGGUCCAUUUAUGCUGAACAUUGUAUUUAAUAUAUUACACGCCACUAGAAGCGUCAAUUAACUUAUGACAGACAAUUGAAUACUUUAAAAUGCUCUCCUGAAAAAUCGACUUUUUUGAGUUGUGACACUAUUCAUGUAAAUGAGCGAUAUAUUCUCACUAUCAUAUUUGUUUUGUAACAAUUGCGGUAUAUACUCAACCAAAGGGACAAAAUAUAAUACACAUUUUUCCCAAUCAGCUAUAAAGCCAAUCGGAAGUUUAAAAAUUAUGUAUACUGGAGCCAAUGGGUAUAGUAUUGGGCAAUUUUUCCCAUUUUGGCACCAGGACACAUUAUUAUAAGAAUUUAUGUUUUGACAUUUUACAUUCCAUUCGGCACAGCAAUAUACAAAUUUUUACAAAAUAGGAGCAUUAGCAUAUACUUAUAUUAAAAACUUCUUUAAAUUUAAUUUAAAUUAUUUUUAUAAGUAUUGCAUUGCCUUACUUAUGUAAUGAAAAAAUUAAAAUUUUAGGAAAAAGCGCAUUAUGUAUUUUUCCCGCAUAAUAGAAAAUCUCUGGAUUUGUCAUAUAUUUUUUUCCAUCCUGUCCGCAUGUACAACAAUUAUCCGUCACUCCCAUUAUAAAUACUAAUCGUUGAAAUUGAUGUAGCAAUUAUUAAAAUUAUUUUUCAAACUAGAACUAAAAAUAAUUCAAUAUCGAAUACAUUUAUUACCUUUAAUAAAUUUUCUGUAUCUAAGUGUCAACGUGCAUAAGAAUAUACAUACAUACUUACGUAUGUAAAAUAAGACCUCAUUGAAUCGAGGUACGCAUGAAUAGUGUCACAACUCAAAAAAGUCGAUUUUGCAGGAGAGCGGUUUACAGUUUUCAAUUGCCUUUUAUUUAGCGAAUUUAGAAAAACGUAAUAAGUUUAUUGAAUAAACUAGUGGCAUGUAAAAUAUUUAAUAAAAUGCUGAGGAAAAGUGGACUAAAAAGACUAUACCAAGGAUUCUUCUUAGGCAUAAACGUAACCCCUUUUGAAUUAUGUCGUUAUUUGUUAAAAAUAUAAUAAAAAUAAAAAAAAAUAUAUUUGAAAAAAGCAACAUGAAAAGUUUAAUUACAGUAGUUUUCCGAAAUAACGAAUAUUCGUUUUAACGAAAACCACUUAUAACGAACAAGCAAAUUUGUUACAUUGAGUACCUUAAAUAACGAACAUAGGUGAUUUGUAAGUACUCGACUUAACGAACAACAUGAAGAAGACAUAUGAAGAAAGAGAAAAAAUCAAAUAACAUCGAACCAGAAUUAAAAAUAAAACUUGAAAAGGUUCCAAAGAAAUGUGCAAAUUGAAAAAAUGUUGAAUUUUAUAAAAAAGCUUAAAAUUAUUGAUCAGCACCAAAUAGAAGUAUAAGUGUCAUAUUGGAUUUGAAUGUUUCGUUAUGGUUUUUCAUUUUUUAACAAAUAAUUAAUAAAAAAUGUAUUAAACUGCAAUUUACGGAUAUUUAACUAAUUUAUAUCGAAAAACAUACCACUAAGUGAGUACUCGAAUUAACGAAAAAUUCGAUGUAACGAACAGGCCUGACAAUUAAAGUGUUCGUUACAUAUUUCGGAAAACAACUGUAUUAUACCUUUUCACCAAUAUCGUUGUAACACCAAAUAUGUCGCUCUUUCUGAAAAGAAAACCAACUUCACCCUAUGACAAUAUGUGUUGUAGCACAAAAUAUGUCGUUCUUUAAAAAAAAAAAAAAAACAUGACUAGUUCUUGCACAACUGAAAUGUGUCGUUGUUGUAGUUAAAAAAUAAUGCAAUAUAACAAGUUGAAUAACGUCACAUUCUUAUUUCACGGGUAAACUUUCUACGCAUCAGAAUGAAAUUUUUAUGCAAUAUGGACGAUGAAAUUGCGCACAUUUCUGCAUACUCAACUCAAAAAUUGUGUUUUUUGAGUUAUGACACUAUUCACGUAAAUAAGCGAUAUGUAUAGCGUUAGUGGAGUAGUAAACCGCACCUCGAUACAAUGACGAUGGUGAUGUCUUAUUGUAAUCGAUUACUACACUGAAAAUAUCAGACCUAUAAAAUUCCCAUUCCUAGGAAUAACAAAUAAAUAAAUGUUUACUGUGGAAAUCUACAAGAAUGAGGCAAUUUAUCCGAUUUAGACGCUGGGUUUUAUUCGUAUUAACAAUAUUUUUAACUGCAAUUAAUCUUUUGUGGACUUUUUGUUUGCUGGAGACGGAAAUAAAUUCGCAACGAAUCAAUAAGUCAUAUAACAGAAUUACAAAGAAAUUGGUUGCAAUGGAUAGAAUCAAUAAUGCUACAAUUCCACCGCUCAAUCAAAGAAUCAAUCAAACAUUGGUAGAAAAAAACUCGAAGCAUAAUUUUAGGCUUGCUUUUGACAAUAUAAAUUUCGAGACCGGUAGGUGGGACAAUCAUCGCCAUUAUAAGAUGUAUGAUUUUGCAUUGAUUGGCGAUAAAUUUAUCAAAUCCUCAUACGAAAACAUUGUGUGUUUAGCUACCCAAAGCUCUGUGGAACGGUUGUAUUCAUUGACACAAGUUGCACAUCAAUGGAACGGUCCAAUUUCAACUGCCGUCUACGUUGCAGGAAAUGAGGAGUUCUUCAUUUUACAACACUUUGUGACAUAUAUGAGACUCUGUUUCUCAUUUAUACGUGAUAACGUUACUUUUCAUAUUGCUGUUCCAAGCAAUAAGAAACCAGUUCAAGGACAUAUCCCUAAUCUCGUCAACAGCUUUGAUUGUCAAUAUCCUGAACAAACUCUUCGUCAUUUACUAAAAAUACGCAAUCCUGACACAAUACGUUGGCGUUUAAAAAAUGAAUAUCCUCAAAACCACUUACGUAAUUUAGCGCGAAAAGGAUGCCAAAAUAAAUAUGUAUUUCUAACAGAUAUUGAUAUAAUACCAAGUGCAAAUAUGGUAUCAUUACUAAACAAAUUUCUGCCAUCAGUAAAAUGCAGCUAUCGCUGUGCAUAUGUUAUACCAACUUUUGAAAUAGAUAAUAGAGCUAAAUUCCCUGCUUCCAAGCCGGAGCUCAUGCGUUUAUAUAGAAAAGGUCUAGCACGCCCAUUUCACGAAAAAGUUUUUAUAUACAACCAAUAUGCCACAAACUUUUCCAUUUGGCUUAGCAAUUCCUCAAAUGAAGAUGACCGGGCUCAUAUAAGCCAUGUCGUAACUAAUUUUGAGUUCUUAUAUGAACCUUUUUACGUUGCUUUCGACGACGUCCCUGCACAUGAUGAAAGGUUUAUAGGCUAUGGCUUUACCCGAAAUUCACAGGUUUAUGAAAUGUUUAUUUCUGGAUACACAUUUUUUGUGUUAUCCCCUGUUUUUACUUGCCAUUGGGGAUUACAACAAAAAAAAGCGAGACCGGUUUGGCGAGAACAGCAAAAUAAUUUAAAUCGGAAGCGUUUUGAGAUGUUUAAGCAUGAAAUUCUCGCGCGAUAUAAAAAGAAGACAACCAGAAAAUAACUGAAACAUUCAAACUCGAAGAAGUAAACUGGACAUAGAUAUAAUUUAAAUCCUUAUUUAAAUAAAGUACAAAUAAAAAUUAUUAUCAAUAUGGAUUUCAAUAAAACCUUAAUAUAGUACAGCCAGAACAAGAACAAUCGAGUAUGUAUUAAAAAAAA